AAAUUUUAUUUUCCCAUUUUUGUCGGUUAUAAGGAACACUUAAAACAUUGAGAACAACGUUGAUUCAAUGUGCGUAAAAUAAAUUAGCUUUCGAAGAACUGACAUUUAAAAAGUUUAAAAAGACCCCGGAACAAACCAUUCCUAUUUCCAUUGUUGUUGUUUUUUUGCUUUGGCGCAAACACAAACCUCUUGAACUUUUGCAGUUCUUCAUGGAUGUGUUCAGCGGUGAGGCCGAUGUGCGCCAGCGGUCCGCAGCGGACCGUAGCCGCAUCCCCUGACCCCCCGAACCACGGUCACGCCAGCUCGGCGCCACUGAACAAGUCGACACGGCCGCUCGGGUGUUGUUGUGUUGUCAGUCCGCAGACAGGGAGCCAUCUUUUCCAAGUUCACGCCUUGUGUGUGUGUGUGUGUGUGUGUGUGUGUGUGUGUGUGUGUGUGUGUGUGUGUGUGUGUGUGUGAUGCUUCCAGUUUUUGAAGACAAGGAGACGUCGCCCCCCGCCCCCGCGGCACCCCCUUUCUUUUGUGAAUAUGUUUCCCAAUUGGAGCUCCGCCCCCUGCUGUGCUGCAGAAAUCCGGCGACCAUGAGGCUGCCGUGCAAGUGGCUGGACAAGAUGAGGUGCUUGAGGAAGCGCUCCACCAUCCCCUUCCUCGGCUUCCUCGUCGCCUUCCUCCUCUUCCUCAACCUCUACAUGGAGGACGGAUACGUGCUGGAAGAAGACAAGAGGCAGCUUCGGGAAACGUCGGCCCACCCGCCCAGCUCCGAGCGAUACGUUCACACCUUCCGAGAGCUGCGAAAUCUCUCCGGAAGCAUCAACGUCACGUAUCGCUAUCUCGCCGGCACGCCGCUCAACCGCAAGAAGUACCUGACCAUCGGGCUGUCGUCGGUGAAAAGGAAGCGAGGGAACUACCUGCUGGAGACCAUCAAGUCCAUCUUCGACCAGUCCAGCUACGAGGAGCUGAAGGAGAUCAUGGUGGUGGUCCACCUGGCCGACUUUGACACGGUCUGGUGCGAGAACUUGGUGCAGGAGAUGAGCAGGAAGUUCGGCCACCACAUCAUCGCCGGUCGCCUCCUGGUGAUCCAGGCUCCGGAGGAGUACUAUCCGUCCCUGGAUGGUCUCAAGAGGAACUACAACGACCCAGAGGACCGAGUGCGCUUCCGCUCCAAGCAGAACGUGGACUACGCCUUCCUGCUCAACUUCUGCACCAACCUGUCGGACUUCUACAUGAUGCUGGAGGACGACGUGCGCUGCUCCCGCAAUUUCCUGACGGCCUUGAAGAAAGUCAUCACCUCCAGGGAAGGUUCCUACUGGGUGAUGCUGGAGUUCUCCAAGCUGGGCUACAUCGGGAAGCUCUACCACUCCAGGGACCUUCCCCGUCUGGCUCACUUCCUGCUCAUGUUCUACCAGGAGAUGCCGUGCGACUGGCUCCUCAUCCACUUCCGGGGUCUGCUGGCCCAGAAGGACGUGAUCCGCUUCAAGCCCUCGCUCUUCCAGCACAUGGGCUACUACUCGUCCUACAAAGGAGCCGAGAACAAGCUGAAGGACGACGACUUUGAGGAGGACUCGCUGGACAUUCCCGACAACCCUCCGGCCAGCCUCUACACCAACAUCAAUGUCUUUGAGAACUACGACGCCGCCAAGGCCUACAGCACCGUGGACGAAUACUUCUGGGGGAAGCCUCCGUCCACCGGGGACUUCUUCGUCAUUGUCUUCAACAAGUCGGCCAAAAUCAGCAGGAUCAAGAUCUCUACCGGCUCCGACGACCGGCAGAACGACAUCCUGCACCGUGGAGCUCUGGAAGUGGGGGAGAAACUCGUGGGCACCAAGAAGGGGAAGCAGUGCUCCUCCUACAUCACCUUGGGGGAGUUCAAAAAUGGCAACAUCGAGGUCCAGAACGUGGACCGCAAGAUCUCCUUCGACAUCGAGUGCGUGCGGAUCGUAGUGACGGCCAGUCAGAAGGAAUGGAUCAUCAUCAGGAGUAUAAGUUUAUGGACCACACCUCCACCCAGCCAAUGAGGACUGCAGACUCUUACUAGGAAAAACUAUCAUUAUUAAGUCUUUCCAGGUUGAUGUUAUCAUUUUUUUUACCUAUUUAAUGAUUUUGAUCAAUAGUUUUUUAUACCUUUGUGGAUCAUCACAGUAUUUAUUGUCGUUGUGCAGCGGAAUGACGACGAAGCAGUUUCACUGUG